AUGUCCCAAGCUGAAAGUACAGCUCCUGCCAACCUUUUGGUUUCAGAUGAAAAGGGGGGGGGGGAUGUGGAAACAGCCAGUGAAGAAGGUUUAACCGGAACCGGAGCCGGACCUGGAACCGGAGCCGGACCUAUGGAGUUGACGGAGGAGGAGAGGGAGAGGAAAGAGAGGAAGGAGGAGGAGAAGAAGGAGAAAGCGCAUGGAAACGCUGCUUUCAAGAAGAAGGAGUUUGAGAAGGCUAUUGAACAUUAUAGUAAGGCGAUGAUGAUGAAGACAUAUCGUAUCUCACGAAUCGUGUUGCUGUUUAUCUUGAGAUGGGAAAGUUUUGAAACGCUUUAUCUUCAAAUCAAAUGUCAGUAUGAGGAGUGCAUUCAAGAUUGUGAGCAGGCUGUUGAGAGAGGCAGAGAGCUUUGGGUUGACUUCAAGGUGAUAUCAAAAGCUUUGACUAGGAAAGGAUCUGUGCUGGUCAAAAUGGCCAAAUGUUCGAAGGAUUUUGAACCUGCGAUCAAGACUUUCCAGAAACCUCUUAUAGAGCAUCGUAAUCCAGAUAUAUUGUCAGCUUGGAAUAGAUAUAAAAUUUAA